GCGGCGCGGUGGGGCCGGCCGGCCGGCCGGACACCCGGACGGCGACUGCAGGCGACUGACUCCCCGUGCGAUCGCCCAGGCUGCUGCAGCUCACACCCCAGCCCGCCGCCGCUGCCGCCGAGGAGAGCGCGCUGAUUUGGCACAGAGGUUUUCUUUGAGGAAAAGUGCGUGAUUGAAGGAUGGCAGAAGCAGUCUUGAUUGAUCUUUUCGGUUUAAAACUGAACUCACAGAAAAACUGCCAUAAGACAUUACUGAAGACAUUGAAUGGUAUUCACUACCACCAUGCCCCCAAGGCCAAGUUCCUUUGCAUAAUACGUUGCAGUAAUGUCACCAAAGAAAGGGAUGGUGAGCAAGAUCUUGGUGACUUGGAAGCAGGAAAUGGAUUUUCACUUCUCACGAGAGAAUUUGAGACCGUUAGUAAACCCAGUGUGGCUGCCUGUUUGUAUACAAUUAAACAAAAAAUUGAUGAAAAAAAUCUGAGCCACAUCAAGGUGAUUGUACCUGAGCACAGGAAAAUGUUAAUGAAGGCUUUUAUUGAUCACCUCUUCACUAAGGUUUAUGAUUUUGAGUUUGAAGAUUUACAGGUAGCUUGGAGAGAGAACCUGUCAAAACCAUCCCCUGAAGUUAACGUACCCACAACUCAUCAACUAGAAGAAAUCCAGAGUGAAAUAGAAACAUACUUGAGAAGCCUACCAGCUCUGAAAGGGGACUUAACUAUCAUCACAUCUCCUCUGGUCCCAGAUGUCUUCAUACAUGGAUUUACUACAAGAACAGGUGGCAUAUCUUAUAUACCAACUCUUAGCUCCCUCAAUCUUUUCAGUAGUUCCAAACGGAGAGAUCCCAAAGUAGUUGUUCAAGAAAAUCUUCGUAGGUUGGCGAAGGCUGCAGGAUUUAAUGCAGAGAAAUUUUACCGAAUAAAGACUGAUCACGCCAAUGGAGUGUGGGUGAUGGGGAAGAAGGAGCCUGAAUCUUACGAUGGGAUAAUCACCAACCAGAGGGGAGUCACAAUCACAGCCCUGGGCGCUGACUGUAUACCUAUCAUCUUCGCAGAUCCUGCCAAGAAAGCAUGUGGGGUUGCUCACUCUGGCUGGAAAGGUACCUUGUUGGGUGUAGCUAUGGCUACUGUGAAUGCUAUGGUAGCAGAAUAUGGCUGUAAUUUGGAAGACAUUAUUGUCAUUCUGGGGCCUUCAGUAGGACCUUGCUGUUUUACUCUUCCCAGAGAAUCAGCAACCUCAUUUCAUAAUCUUCAUCCUUCAUGUGUGCGACAGUUUGACUCAAUGAAUCCCUACGUUGACAUCCGAAAAGCUACCAGGAUUCUUCUAGAACGAGGAGGAAUUCUUCCACAGAAUAUUCAAGACCAGAAGGGAGAUCUUGACUUCUGCACAUCCUGCCAUCCUGAUAAGUUUUUCUCCCAUGUUCGCGAUGGCCUUAACUUCGGGACACAGACUGGCUUCAUAUCCAUCAGAGAAUGAGGUUCUUGACUGGAAUUUUGCAUCGCUGUUUCCCGAAUCCUUCCACACUGCUUGUCAAAGAAACUUUUGUAAACCAAGAGGAUCACAAACGAUAAUUCAUCAUUAGGGUAUACUUUCACUGUUACCCACAGCCAGAUGAUCUUGGUUUAAUUCCUAUGACAACUGAGGAGAGAAUCAAUGUGAUGUUAUUCCUCAAGUUAGUUCUCUGUAUUUAUCUAUAAAUCAAGACCAGGUCUGUUUAGUUCAGUAUUUGUUGGAUGCCAACUUUUUUUUAGGGAUGAGGCUUAGCACAGUGAAUCAAAAUAAAGGCAACUUUUCCAUUAGAGUCAAAUGCAGUAGGAGAGAUAAACACUUCCUUCUGAAUAUAUUUUUUAAUUGCCUUACGAAAGAUUAGAUUUCAUUAUGGCAUUUUCAAACAUCAUGUUCUUGCUGAUCCUUCCCUCCCCCUCUCCCCGUGUCCCCUUCCACUCCCAGUAGCCCUUCUUUCAUGUCAGUGUGUUCUAUUACCCCCUUUCCUGCUCAACCCUCUUUUCCCCUUAUCUUCCCUUUCUAGAUCCAACACCUAUAACCACACUUACACCUACAUAUAUACAUAUAUGUGUAUAUACAUGUAUGUGUAUGUAAGCAUAAACAUUAAAGGCUAGGAUUCAUAUAUGAGAGAGAACACACAAUGUUUGUUAUUCUGAGUCUGGAUUAUUUUGUUCAGCAUAAUAGUUCUAGAUCCAUCAAUUUUCCUAUAAAUUUGAUAAUUUCAUUGUGGCUAAAUAAAAUAUUGUAUGUACUGUA